UUGGAAACGCUAAUACACAUGCUAUUAAUCUAAAUAUUAUAUAUUUUAUACAUAUAAAUAAAUGGAUGUAACAACUGAAAAAGAAGCGGAUGAAGAAAUAAUUAUCGGGUCUACUUCCUCCGUUCCGUCGGAUUCUGGUAAGAAAGAUUCAGUAUCCUUUAAGGCUCGGUCAACUCUUACGAAUAGAAUCUUUUUUUGGCUGCUAAAGUCGUGGAAAUACAUACGAAAGAAGAUUCCUAAUGAGUUUUUUUCAUGGAAGAGGCAUCUCAUCUUUGCUCUCCUCAUUACUUCGUUGAUGUUACUUUUUCGGUUUCUUAAGGAGAAGUUUGUUACUUGUACCCGCGAUGUGGGCUCCUGUGAUAAUAUAGAAGUUCAUUGGACCUCCAUGAUCCCCCCGAUAUUUUCAGUGGGCUUUUCUGCUUGUUAUGGCCAGGUGCUCUUCUCUUUGGGGAUGGGUGUUAUAAUUGGCGGAUUUAUCGCCUUUUCGACGGAUGUUGUUAAAGCUUUUGAUAAACUUUUACUGAAAGCCAUUCUCGAUGUGGAUCACGCCUAUACACUUGGCUUUACCCUUGUACUUAUCGGCGCCGUGUAUGUAAUGCAGCGCUCCGGCGGACUGGACGGUUUUUGUAAAGUGUUAACAAAAUUUGCCCGUUCGCCACGUGGCACUCGCAUUGCCGCUGUUGUUGCUGGACUUCUUUUUUUUUUUGACGAUUAUGGCAACUCUGUGGUUAUUGGUACCACGUUUCAAGUUCUUACUGAUAAAAUGCAAAUUUCCCGAGAGAAACUGGCUUACAUAUGCGAUUCUACGGCUUCUCCCGUAGCAGGAUUGAUACCAAUAUCCACGUGGAUUGGACCAGAGCUGAAUGCUAUAAAUAAUGGCUUAAAAGUUUCCCAAGUCGAAGACAAAGGCUUUAAUUUCUUUCUAAAGACGCUUGCGUACCGUUUUUAUUCUGUAUGCACCCUCUUUCUCUUGUGUUUCUCUUCCAUUUUUGAAAAAGACUUUGGGCCAAUGCUGAAGGCAGAGGUUCGGGCUCUGCGGGAGGGAAAAGUUGUAGCUGAUGAUGCAAAUAUAAAAAAUAUUGGCUCGGCCAGCGAAUAUAUUAAGGCAGACCCCAACAAACCGCAACGAUGGUACUAUGCAGGUUUACUUGCUUCGUCUUCAUUGAUACUUUUAUGUUUUCCUAUUUGUCUUUUAGCCAUCCCUAUUGUGUCCCUUCUUUUAUUUGCAUUACUGGGUUUUUUUUAUGACAACAAAAUGAAAAUCGAGAAAGUUACAAAUUUCAAUAUAUUUAAUAAGGAGGCAUGGACAAUCGCAAUGGCAAAUGCGGACAGUGGAAGAGUUUUGCUAUUUUGUUCAUUAGGAAUUACUGGGCUUGCCGUCUUACUGCCACUAUACGGCAAUGUGAUUGGCUUUGACGAUGCACUUCGAGCGUUUCUCUACGCGAUUCCCAGUAUGCGCGAGUCUGUGUAUCUUCUUAUUUUGUCGUGGGCUCUGCAAAAUACCUGCUCUGAGCUGAAGACGUCCUAUUAUCUUUCUUUUUUUAUUAAAGGCAUUAAUAUCCGUUACAUUCCUGCCAUCUCCUUUUUAUUGGCCUAUUUGUCAUCUUUUUGCACUGGAUCCUCGUGGGCUACCAUGUUGAUAUUAAUGCCGAUUACUCUUCCUUUGGCCUAUGCUGGAAUUAGUACUUCAAAAGACCCAAAUAUGGAAUUUAUAGCUUACAUGACUGGCGCUGCCGUUUUUGACGGAGCAAUUUUUGGCGAUCACUGUUCUCCUCUUUCUGAUACAACGUUAAUAUCGAGUAUCUGCAGUGGGUGCGACCUAAUUGCUCACACCAAAACUCAACUUCCGUAUGCUCUUGUCGCCGGACUGAUUGCGAUACUACUUGGGUACAUACCGGUGGCCAAUGGCAUGCAUGCUGGUUUUUACUAUCUUAUAGCCUUCGCCUUAACGUUCUUAUUGAUUAUAAUUUUUGGAGCCAGCCUACCUGCGCCGGUUGAUGUGGAGAACAAAUCAAAUGCUUCUUAUUCUGCAGUCCGUGUCCUCUCCCCUUUUGAGAGGACAUUGCGUCAUGUUAUACAAAAAGUCAAGCGUUAGAUGAGUUUUACUAAUAAAAACGGUUUAAUAUUU